GUAAAAACCGGGAUCUGAUUGGACGCCUCUGUGACAAGAGCCCUUUUCGAAUACACUCCCUUGAUCCAGUCAAACAUCGAACAUCGAAGGAGAAGCAACAGGUCUUCGUCGCUCGGGGAAAAAAUAUCUGCUUUUAUUUAAUUUCAGCAAGAGGGUGCUGACCACAAGACGCCAACAUGGGGUCAAUCUUCCGUAGCGAGGAGAUGACCCUGUGCCAGCUCUUCCUCUCCAGUGAAGCUGCGUACAACUGCGUUUCAGAACUGGGAGAGAUUGGCCUGGUGCAGUUCAGGGAUCUUAAUCCAGAUGUAAAUGCCUUCCAACGCAAGUUUGUGCAUGAAGUUCGCCGAUGUGAUGAGAUGGAGCGCAAAUUGAGGUAUCUGGAGACUGAGAUGAAGAAGGACAAAGUUGCCAUUCUGGACAAUGGCGAAAAUCCUGAGGCACCUCAGCCAAGGGAGAUGAUUGAUCUGGAGGCGACAUUUGAGAAGCUGGAAAAUGAGAUGAAGGAAGUCAACUCCAAUGCCGAGACGCUCAAGAAGAACUCUUUGGAGCUGACGGAGCUCAAGCAUGUCCUCAUGACCACCCAGCUCUUCUUUGACGAGCACGAGGUACAGUCUACUAUGAACAUUGAACAGCGUGACUCGGAGCCCAGCACCAGCAUCACCCAGAACCUGCUGCCGGCUGAGGAGGGGAAGGGCCCCGUCCAGCUUGGCUUUGUGGCCGGUGUGACCCUGCGAGAACGUAUGCCUAUGUUUGAGCGCAUGCUGUGGAGGGUGUGCAGAGGCAAUGUGUUUGUGCGCAGAGCUGACAUUCAGCAGCCCCUGGAAGAUCCUAUUACAGGAGAGGAGGUGUUCAAGACCGUCUUCAUCAUCUUCUUCCAAGGCGAACAGCUGAAGACUAAGGUCAAGAAGAUCUGCGAGGGGUGCCGUGCCACCAUGUACCCUUGCCCCGAGGCCAGCGCUGAAAGGAAAGAGAUGGCCCAGGGUGUCAAAGGGCGUCUGGAUGACCUGACAACGGUUCUGAGUCAGACCACAGACCACAGGCGCCGUGUCUUGGCUGCUGCAGCAAAGCACUUACGCACGUGGUUCAUCAAGGUGCGCAAGAUCAAGGCCAUUUACCAUACACUCAACAUGCUGAACUUGGAUGUGACGAACAAGUGCCUGAUUGCCGAGUGCUGGAUACCCACCUCUGACCUUGGAGUCAUCAAUGAUGCUCUUCGUAAAGGAACAGAGAGGUCUGGCAGCUCGGUACAACCAAUUCUGAACCGCAUGCAGACUCAGUUGAAGCCACCGACCUUCCAUCGUACAAACAAGUUUACUUCAGGUUUCCAGAACUUGAUCGAUGCCUAUGGUGUGGCCACUUACCGUGAGGUGAACCCAGCACUUUACACCACCACUACCUUCCCAUUCCUGUUUGCGGUGAUGUUUGGUGAUGCUGGACACGGCUUGCUGAUGUUGGCUUUUGCCGCCUGGAUGGUCAUAAGGGAGAAGGCUCUGAUUGCUGCGAAGAUGAGUGGCGAGAUCUGGAACAUCUUCUUUGGCGGUCGUUACAUCAUCCUCCUCAUGUCCUGCUUCUCCAUCUACACUGGCAUUAUAUACAACGACGUCUUCUCCAAGUCCUUCAACAUUUUCGGAUCAUCGUGGCACAUCAACCCCAAUGCCACCGUUGAGAACCUGGAACACUGGGAGGAGCUCACAUUGGACCCGGCCUAUCGCGAAGAGUACACUGGCAAGCCCUAUCCCUUUGGGUUUGAUCCCAUGUGGCAGAUUGCUGUGAACAAGAUUGCCUUCCAAAACAGCUACAAAAUGAAAAUUUCAAUCAUCAUUGGUGUGAUUCACAUGAUUUUUGGUGUUGUAGUUUCUCUCUAUAACCACACGUUCUUCAGGAAUUACAUCAGCUUGAUCUUCGAAUUUAUACCACAAAUGAUCUUCCUCGUUGGCAUGUUUGGGUGGUUGUGCGUCAUGGUGUUCAUCAAGUGGAUAAUGUACGGUGCUGGUCCGGAGUUUAGUGAGGAACGUGGCUCCUUCUGUGCCCCUUCGGUCCUUAUUACCUUCAUCAACAUGGUGUUACUGAAAAAGGAAAAAGAAGAUCCAACAACUCCAUGCAAGGUGUUUAUGUUCGAGGGUCAGUACAUUUUCCAGCUCAUCUUGCUUAUCUUGUGUAUUAUCUGCGUGCCACUUAUGCUGUUUCCAAAGCCGCUUAUUCUGAAGAGCCUCCACAAUAAGAAGAGGAUACACCAUAACCAGCAAGCUAUCGCACAGAAUGGAGAGCUUGGCGGGGAAGCAACCACGAGCGGGCAUGGAGAAGAGGAAGAAGAGUUUGAAUUCAGCGAGGUGUUUAUCGAACAAGCCAUCCACACCAUAGAGUUUGUUUUAGGCUCCGUGUCGCACACCGCCUCAUACCUCCGGUUGUGGGCUCUGUCACUGGCCCACGCCCAGCUAUCCGAGGUGUUGUGGAACAUGGUCAUGAAAAUUGGUCUUUCACAGAGUUCUUAUACGGGUAGCAUCAUGCUGUAUCUAAUCUUUGCUGCAUGGGCGGCCCUCACCAUAAGUAUUCUUGUGUUGAUGGAAGGCCUGUCAGCUUUCCUCCACACACUCCGUCUUCACUGGGUGGAAUUCCAGUCCAAGUUUUAUAAGGGAGAAGGUUAUGCCUUUACUCCACUCACCUUUAAGCACAUCGUCAGCGGAGAUGAAGAGGAGGCAUAAAUCCAUGUGCUUUAAAUCAAAAGUAUUUUGAAAAUGAAAGAAAAUAUAUAAGAGGUUUUAUUUAUUCAGUUAAAUAGUAAUGAAAUAAUUGUUGUUAGUGUUGGGAUUCAUGUUAUAUAAUGUAGCUUUUCCAGUUAUUCAACAGUGAAAUAGAAAUAUGCAUUAGCUGUCAGAAAUUGAAAAGAACCUUAAAUAUUUAAUUUUAUAGCUCAAAAUAUGCUUUUAAGUAGUCCCUCUAAACAACAACAAAUAUAGAUGAUUUUAUUUUAAUUUAUAGAAUGAGAUCAAUAAAUCACAGUUGAGAUAUAAAAAAGAAUUAACUAAAAGUUGUGUCACAUGGUUGUUUUGUCACCCAGAAGGGAUUUUGACCUUCUGCCGUUCACUCUGUAGAGGUUCAACGUCUUUUCUGGUGUGUAUUGGGUUCCUGUCUGGGUUAUGUGUAGACUAAGUCUCUCUCUGAACAUUCAGCAAGCGAAAUCAGAUGACUAGAGUGUGAUCAAUCAGGUCUAAGUUGGCU